AUGGAAAAGGGCGGCGUGUCCACUCUCCACGAGGAGAGUCUCCCCAUCGAGGCCGGGGAGAAGGCCGGGAUCAACCAGAUCGCCGACGACGCGAAGCUCGCUGCCGUGGCCGAACAUGAGCUGACGCCGUUGCAAGCUGUGCGGAAGUACCCAAAGGCCAUCGGCUGGUGUCUCCUGAUCUCAGCAUGUGUCAUCAUGGAGGGCUACGACACCAGCCUGUUGGGCAACUUCUACGCCUAUCCCGAGUUCGCGCAGCGGUACGGAAAGUUCAACGAGAAAUCGGGCAACUACCAGCUGUCGGCGCCGUGGCAGGCUGGCCUGAGCAACGCCUCCGGUGUGGGAUCCUUCUUCGGAACCCUCCUCAACGGCUACCUGGUCCACAAGUUCGGCCACCUGCGCGUUAUCUCGGGCUCCCUCUUCUUCCUCAGCUGCUUCGUCUUCAUCGUCUUCUUCGCCCCGAAUACGACUGUUCUCCUUGUCGGUGAGCUUCUCUGCGGUUUCCCCUGGGGGAUCUUUGCGACUACGGCCCCGGCCUACGCGUCUGAGGUGUUACCCAUGGCGCUGCGAACCUACUUGACCAGUUGGACGAACAUGUGCUUCAUCAUUGGCCAGCUGAUUGCCUCUGGUGUUUUGGCUGGACUGGUCAACAACACUACUCAGUGGUCGUACAGAAUCCCCUUUGCCCUGCAGUGGUUCUGGCCCGUUGUCCUGGGUCCCAUCCUCUACUUUGCCCCUGAGACCCCGUGGCACCUUGUCCGAGUUGGCAAGAUCGAGGAGGCUAAGAAGUCGCUCCGUGCUCUGCGAACGAACCCAACCGACGAGGAGAUUGAAGAGUCGCUCAACCUCAUCAUCUAUACCAAUAACCUCGAGGAACAGCUCUCCGUCGGAACGUCCUACUGGGACUGCUUCAAGGGCUUCGAGCUGCGACGGACCGAAAUCUCGUGCAUGUGCAUGGUUGGCCAGGUUCUGUGCGGAAUCUCCUUUGCCUACAACUCGACCUACUUCUUCCAACAAAUCGGCCUGACCCCUACGCAAACCUACCACCUCAACGUCGGCGGUACCGGCAUGGCCCUCUUCGGGACGCUGAUCUGCUGGUUUUUCAUCAUGCCCAACUUUGGCUACCGGACCACGUACUGGGUCGGAAUGGGAGGCAUGUGCUGCAUCCUGGUGCUCAUCGGUGGCUUGAACGCUCGCACCAGCGACCACUCAUUUGCCAUGGCCCAGGCCGUUCUGACCCUCGUCUGGACCCUCAUCUUCCAGCUCUCUGUCGGUCAGCUGGGCUGGGCUCUUCCCGCCGAAUUGGGGUCAACGCGUUUGCGCCAGAAGACCAUCUGCCUUGCCCGCAACUCAUAUGCCAUCACUGGUGUCGUUUCGGGUGUGCUGCAGCCUUACUUCAUGAACCCUUCUGAAUGGAACCUCAAGGGUUAUACGGGUUUCGUCUGGGGUGGUACCUGUUUCCUGAUGACUGUCUGGGCUUACUUCCGUCUUCCCGAGUCAAAGGGUCGCACUUACGAGGAGCUUGACGUGCUCUUUGCCAGAGGCGUUUCUGCUCGUAAGUUUGCUACUUACAAGAUUGAUGCCUUCAACGACGAAACUUUGGCGUAA